AUGUACUAAGAUAUAGAUUUUAAUGAUUAAAACAAUAAUAAUGUACCUAAAACUUCAACAGAACAUAGUAAUACAAAAUCAUCUGAUUCAUAAAGAGUAAGUUAUUUUUAUUAUUAGAAAUUAUCGCAAAUGAAAUAUAAUAAUAAAGAAAAUCCCGUGAUUAUUGAUAAUAAAUACGUAUUACUUAAUGUAAUCUAUUAAGGAAAGACUUCAACAAUCUUUGAAGGUAAUAAAACUACUAUUUUCCAAGCCAUCAAUUUAUAAUUACAAUAGGCAUGUGUUGUUAGGAUGACUCUUAUAUCAAAAAGUGAUAAUAGCACUAAAAUACUUUAGUAUUUUAAAACUUAAUUUGAGAAUCAAUUUGAGGAGAAAUAUUAAAGUGGAAAAAUAGUAUAGAACCCAUAAGAUUGUUUAGUUAGAUUGAUCGAUCAUGGUGUUUUCAUGAAUCAAUAUAAUUAUCAAGUUCUUAAUAAAACUGGUCCUAGCUUAAAAUUUUGGUUUAAUUUUUGGAAAUCAAGGUUUUCUUUCGAAUGUAUAAUUUUAAUCAUUCUAAAAACUGUAAUAUUAUUCACAUUUUUAGAUUGAUGCUCUUUAGUUAUUACAUUCUGGUAACUUUAUUCAUGCAAAUUUAAAUAUGCAAAGUUUAUUAACUAGUUUAGAAAAUUAAAAGACUCUAUCCUUAGGUAAUCUCUAAUAAGCAAUAUUAUUCAAACCUAAUUCAAAAAUAGGAUAAAAAUGUUAACAUUUAAAUAAAUAUUCAAGUUUGGGAUAGCAUCUAGGAAUAUGUAACAAAUUACAUAUAAAAUGAUUAGAAAUUUCUCCUAAAGAUGAUUUAGAAAGUUUACUUUAUAUAGUAAUAUAACUAUUGACAGAUGGAGAAUUCUUUGAUUAAUAAAAACAUUUUAAAACUCGUUCAGAAAAAUUAUAAUGGUAUUUUUCAGUUAAGCAUUCAUUUUUACCAGAAAAGGUUCUUAAAAAUUAUCCUCCUUGUUUUACAGAUUUUGCAAAUAAGAUAAAAUUUUUAAAUCCAAUGGAAUUACCAAUUAAUUAUGAUAUUUUAAAAUCUGUAUUUAAGGGAUGUAAAAAUUUAGAAUUUGAUUGGGUAAUAAUAUAUUUGAUAAUAAAUAUAGAAUCCUUUAAUUAAUGGAUUAAAAAAGAAUAGUGGAAAUACAAGUUAAUAAGUAUCAAUGUAAAAUGUAGAUUUGAAAUCUGGAUAAUUAUCACUUGAUACAAUUAAUGAAUCAUUAAAUGAAUAAGUCAUUGAUAUACAUCAUAGUUUAGUGUAAACACAAAAACAUAUAGGAGAUUAUUGUGAUUUCAAUCCAGAAACAUAAGAAUCUGAUGGAGAAAUCUCUUUUGAAGAAGAAUCAACUGAUAAAAGUUAUGUUUACUGCUUCAAAUGA